AUGGGCUGUGUUGCGAGUAAAAAGAAAAUCAAACCAGAAAGUUUACCUACCCAAAUUGAGCACACAUCGUCUAAAAAUCGUGUCUUGAAAAAAGAAGAAUUAAAAAUCGAGGCAUCCAAUUUUGUAUGAAAAGGCAAAGGUUCUAUAAAGGACCACUAUAAAAUGGAAGAACAGCUUGGAAAAGGUGCAUUUGGCUUCGUCCGUUUAGCUACACAUAUUGCUACAGGCCAAAAACGAGCAAUUAAAACAAUCCAUAAAAGCUCUAUAAUAAACGAUGAUGCAGAGAGAAAAAAAUUCAUACUCCCCCCCCUCCGUGAGUGAACAAAACAAAUUUUGUUCACUCACGGAGGGGGGUUAAUUUUUUUUAAAAAUAAAAAUUUAUAUAUAAAUUUUAUAAAAAAUAUUGUUUUCGAAAUUUAAAAAAAUCCUAAUUCGCAAAAAUUGGAAAGCAAAUAUUAAAUUCAAUUUGCAAAAUUUAUAUUUUAAAAAUCAAUUUGUUUAAAAUUAAACAGAAUUAGCUCUAUAUUUCAUUAUACUAAUUAUCAUUUAUAUAUUAAAACUUUUUUCCAUAAAAAAUUUUUCUAUUAAAAAAAACUUUUGUUUCACUCAUGGAGGGUGGUUUUUUGGGCAAAAAAUAGCGAUUUUUCUAAUGGUUCUGUUCACUCACGGAGGGGGGAGUAAGUGAAAUUGAAAUUUUGAGAAAAGCUGACCACCCAAAUAUUGUAUAUACUAUAAGCGCAAAUAAGUUAAAGGAAAAAAUAUAAUUUUCCUUACUCCCCCCCCAUCCUUGAUCGAACGACUCGCCAUCGUUCGAUCAAGGAUAGGGGUUAAAAAAAAAUUUUAUAUAUAAAAAUGAAAAAGAUAUAUAUAGAUUUUUUUUAUUUACUUUAAAUAAGAGGGUUAAGAGUAUAUUUAAUAAUUAUUUUUACAGCAAAAAAUUUGAAUUAAUUUCAUAAAAAUACCAAUUUUUAAUAUUUGAUUUAUUAGUUACCCUUUUAAACUGUAUAAAUUUUAAUUUAAAUUAAAUAUUUUUUUAAAAUUUUAAAGAAUCUCUAUUUUAUUAGAUUAUUGAGCUUUUAAGCCUAUGUUGAUGUCUAAAUCACUUCGGAUGGUUGAUUUCGCAGCUUUCUGUCGUCUCAAAGCUCUGAAAACAACUUCAUUAGGCACAUCUUCCAAAGCAUUUGAUAACUAAUAUUUUUUUAUAUAUAUAAAAAUUUGCAUGAUUUGAAAAUCGUUCGAUCAAGGAUGGGGGUUAAUUUCCCCAAUUUUUAGGAAUUUUUACAGUCAAUCGUUCGAUCAAGGAUGGGGGGGGGAGUUAAAAAAAAUGUAAAAUUUAUCUUAAAAAUGUAUAAAACUUUAUGAAUUUUAUGAAGAUGAGGAGCAUUAUCAUUUAGUGACUGAACAUGUAAAAGGUGGCGAGCUUUUUGACUACAUUAUUAAGAGUAAAAUGCUUUCUGAAAAAAUAGCAGCACAUUUUAUGAGUCAACUAUUAAGCGCAGUUUUGUAUUGUCAUGCCAAUAAUAUCGUCCAUAGAGACCUUAAACCUGAAAAUUUGCUUUUGGAAACUCAAGCAAACGACGCCAAUUUAAAAGUAAUUGAUUUUGGGACUUCAGCGAUUUUUGAGCCAUGCAAAAAUUUGACUCAAAAAUAUGGAACAGCUUACUAUAUAGCUCCAGAAGUUUUAAGGAAAGAUUAUAAUGAAAAGUGUGACAUUUGAAGUUGUGGGGUAAUUUUAUAUAUAUUAUUAUGUGGCAAACCUCCAUUUUAUGGCCGAAAUGACAGAGAUAUUAUAAGAAGAGUUGAAAAAGGCGAAUUUUCUAUGAAAGGAAGCGAGUGGGAUGUAAUUUCCCCACAAGCCAAACUUUUAAUCAGCAAAAUGUUGGAUUUUGACCCACAAACUAGAAUUUCUGCAAGUGAAGCAGUUCAGGACGAAUGAAUUUGCAGAUUUACUGAUAAAUCAGACCUUACAGAGACCCAAGAACUUACAUCACUAGAUGUGCUGAAAUCUUUCAGAGCUGAAGAAAAGUUGCAAUAUGCAGUCCUUUCCUUUAUUUCCUCUCAAUUAAUAAGCAGAGAAGAAUCAAAGCAGCUAACUGAGAUGUUUCGGUCUCUUGAUAUUAAUGGAGAUGGCAAAAUAAGUAAAGAUGAGCUAUUAGAAGCUUACUCAAAAACUCUUGGGAGAUCAGCUGCAAUUCACCAAGUCGAGCAAAUCAUGGCAAAAGUUGAUGCGAAUAAUUCAGGAUUUAUUGAUUAUUCUGAAUUUAUGAUGGCUGCGACUGCCUUAGAAACUUUAAUUAGUAAAGAAAAUCUAAAAUCUGCCUUUACUGCUUUUGACGCAGAUGGAAAUGGAAAAAUUAGUGCUAAAGAACUCAAAAUGUUUUUAGGUACUGAUCUUGCAGUAAGUGAUAUGGUAUGGAAAGACAUGAUUUCAGAAGUCGAUUUAGAUGGCGAUGGAGAAGUAGAUAUCGUGGAAUUUGAAAAUAUGAUGAUAAAACUGAUAAAAAGCUCUCCUUUGUAG